AUGGACAUGGAGGAGCCUCCCCACCUGUUCCUGUGCCCCAUCUCCAUGGAGCUCAUGGAGGAUCCCGUCACGGUGUCCACCGGCGUCACCUACGACCGUCGCAGCAUCGAGCGGUGGCUCUUCUCGUACGGCCGGACCACCUGCCCGGCGACAAUGCAGCCCCUCGCCAACCUCGACCUCACGCCAAACCACACCCUCAUGCGGGUCAUCUCCUCCUGGCUCGACCGCGGCUCCUCCUCCUCGUCCUCUUCGUCGUCGCCGUCCACAUCGUCGCUCUCGAGUCCGGUCCAUGGGCUGGAAACGCCGCUGUCGAGGAUGCUGGAGGAGGAACGGCUGCGGUCGGCGCUGGCCGACCUCGAGGAGACGCCGUUCAAGGUAACCGCGCUCAAGAACAUGAGGAGCUACAUGGCCGGCGACGUGGCCAUGCAGAGCGUCUUCGUCGCCUCGGGCGGCAUCGAGGCGGUCGGCCGCGUGAUGGCGCAGGCGCUAGCGGAGAGCGGCCUCGGAGGCGACUUCUCCUCGUUCGCGGCGUGCGAGGAGGCCGCCGCGGUGCUCGCCCUGCUCCCGCUGUCCGACGAGGCGUCGGUGGGGCUCGUUCUUGCGCCGGAGCGCCUGAGGCCCGUCAUGGUGUUGCUCCAGCGCGGCAGUGCGGAGGCGAGGCUCCACGCCAUGGAUAUCCUCACCAAGAUCUCCAAUGCCGGCGCCGGGGGCCGGUGGGCUGCCGGCAUCGACGUGGACGACGUGCUCAAGUCCCUCCUCGAGCUCCUGGCCGACGAGGUCUCCGCGCGCCUCAGCUCUCGCGCGCUCGACGUGCUCCUUGACGUCGUGGAACGGUCGCCGAGCGGACGGGCCAAGGCCGUGGAGGUCGGCGCGGUGCACGUACUCGUCGAGCUCCUCGUCGUGGACGCCGACGACCGCCACGUCGCCGAGCGGAUACUGCUGCUGCUCAAGCGCUUGUGCAAGUGCCCCGAGGGGCGCCUCGCCUUCGCCGAGCACGACCUGUCGGUGCCGGCCGUGGCGAGGACGAUGCUGCGGGUGUCGGAUCUGGCCACGGAGCUCGCCGUCAAGGUGCUGUGGCUCGUGUCCGUGGUGGCGCCGUCGGAGAAGGUCCUCGAGGAUAUGGUGCUCACCGGCGCCGUGUCGAAGCUGCUGGGGCUGCUGCACGUCGAGAGCGCGCCGUCGACGAAGCAAAAGACGGUGAGAAUGGUGAGGAUCAACGAGGUGUUCUGGAGGCAGUACCCGUGCUUCCCUACCGACCUCAAGGAUAACCUGAGCUUACUCGAUUGA